AUGGUGUCGCUCAAGUUUGUCGGUGGCUUCGUAUGUUUGUUUGCCAUAGUGGCGGCACAGGACAGUAGAACGCACUCCAGCGUCUGGAGGUCCCUGCGAAAAGUGUACACUCAGUGUGAGGACAGUUCGGACAUGGUGCACUGUUUGAAGGUGCAGGCAGUCAAGCUCACGGAUCGGGCGCUCAAGUUGCCCAGCAUCAAGUUGGUCGACGGGUUGUCGGUGGUGCGAAAAGCUGACAAGCCGCAAGAGGUUUCGCGCUCCUUUGACUCAUCCGAGUCCCUGCCUGGGUACAAGCUGGACGAGAUCCUGGCCCAGAAGACGCGCGAGUUCAUGGAGUCGCACGAGCUGAAGGUCAACGUGCCCAGGCUACUCGCCUACAGCCAGACCGAGGGUGCACGCUUCGUGGAGGAGGGUCGCAAGAAGAUGAAGAAGUACUACGGACCAUUCAUGGGCGCCCUCGCCAUCAAGACGGGCAUUCUCACCAUGGCAUAUCACUCCAUCGCUAUCGUUGCCGGCAAGGCUCUCAUCAUCGGCAAGAUCGCCCUCAUCAUCAGUGCAAUCAUCGGGCUGAAGAAGCUGGUGACGCCGGAGGGACAUGAGAAGACAACCUACGAGAUCGUGAAGCACCCCCACAUUUCCCAGAGCCACAGUUACUCGUCUAGUCAUGGGGAGUUUGAGGGACAUGAAUCGGGUGGCCAGUACCACAGGAGUCUCGGCUCGGGUGACUUGAUGAUGCAAGAUCGCGCCUACAGAGCCCAUGUGCCACGAGUCUAA